AACUACUACGGCAUAUAAGUAGGUAAAUGCGUACUCCAUCUCGAUAUCAUUCCUCAUCCUACUCGCACCUCUCUUGCUCUUCACUGCAUCCCUGUUUUCUUUACAAUUAUUUCUUCUCUUUUUCCAGUUUCCUUACAACGGUCGUUUCGGAGUUAACUUAUCCUCCCAAACAUGCGUUCAGCGCUGUGCUCUUCUAUCCUGGCUUCCGCCCUUCUUCCAGGUGUCUCUGCGCUCCCACUCGCUCAUCACGACGGCGACUCCUGCUACGUGGUCGUCACGACCCACUACGUUACUGUCGAUCCUGUCCCCACUCAUACUUCGAGUGAUGAGACGCCGUAUCCGUUGCCCACCGUAAUUCAUUCGACUUCUGUGCCACCAGACAGUGAAACGCCGUAUCCAAUCCCUACUCCAGAUCCGGAUGAUACGCCAUAUCCUCUGCCGACCGUAACACACUCGACCGAAACUUCUAUUCCGCCAUACCCAACCGACCACCCCACGGACCCAACUGACGUUCCUACGGACGAAUCGACUUCCGAACCGGUCCCGGAACCCACACCUACUCCGACCCCUGAGCCAGCUACAUGCCGACCCGCUUGGGAUAACACUGGGAAAGCGCCAUCCACAGGUCCUCUCCGUGCCGCUCUCAUCUUCGUCGACUUCCCCGACUCGCCCGCCGACCAAUUCGGCCAGAGCACCGAAGACCUAUAUGCACCGCUCAAAUCACAACCUGCAGACCUAUACUCCCAGAUGUCAUACGGCAAGCUCGAGUUCGAGAUUGUGCCGCUGCUCGACCAAUUCUACCGUAUGCCCAAUGACUCGGUAUCCUACGGCUUCGCCGACGACGACGGGAUGACCGGCGAAGAGCAUGGCAGGUACAUCAACGACGCGCUCGCUGCCGUGGGCGACUCGUUCAGCUUCCAAGGCAUUGACGUCCUCUUCAUCGCAUCGCCCAAUGGCACCGAGGAGAUCAAUCGUUCGGCAUCGUAUAGCAACGCCGUCACUGCUCCCGACGGCAGUGAGUUCACAGCCGGCAAUGUCAUCACCUACGGCAACGACCUGUACCCCGAGGGCGAAUGGCAGACGGUCAACCACGAGACCGGCCACGCAAUGGGCCUGCCCGAUCUGUAUCCAUAUAGUCCCGGCGGGAAUGCUCUUUUCGUCGGUGGCUUCGACAUGAUGGGCCUUGUUUGGGGCCAGUCUCCGGAUCUGUUCGCAUGGCACAAGUGGCGUCUGAACUGGAUCGAGGACGGCGACGUCAACUGCGUCGCUGAGAAUGGCGUCACCACGCACCGCCUCAGCCCCAUCGAGGUGGCUGGCGGAACAAAGGCAAUCGCCAUCCCAGUCAACGCUACGGGCUAUGUUAUGGCGGAAGUUCGCUCCAAGCAAGGUGCUAACAGCGAGGCGUGCGACGAGGGGACGGGUGUUCUGCUUUACACCACGGAUAGUGCGCUCGGAAGCGGCGACGGUCCUGUCCGGGUUAUUGAUACGAAGCCUGAGACCUCUGGCUGCGGAAGCGAGGACAAUGGCGCGCUCUUGAACGAUGCGCCACUCACCGAUGUUGGCGGUGAGCCCUUCGAUACCGAACUCGGCGUGAAGAUUAGGAUUGUUGGACAGGAGGGAGAUGAUUAUAUCGUUGAGGUUGAGAGGGAGGUCUAGGUUUGAUUAGGGAGUGGGGCUUUCAUGUUGCGCUUUCUUCUUGUACAUAUAUUGGUUCGGACAACUACGCAUUGAAACGAAGAAUCUUUGAAGCUAGAGAGGAUCGCG